GAUUCUAUUCGUACUUCUCCGUCCGUUUUGGACUCUGUUGAGAUUUUUUUUUUAAAAUUAUAAUUUUUUGUUUAUUUUUAUUAUUAUAAUAAUUAAUGAAAUUAUAAUAUAGACAGUGACCUUUUUCUGUUCAAGCUGGCAUAUAUAUAACACCUCAACUACACUGCAAUUGUUGAUAAGCGUAAGUCUUCUGCGGUGCUCAUACUUCGCUUUCACCGCCGGAAAUCACUGCUUUGCCGGUGACAGUGCUACUGCUUUUUCGGUGACAGUGCUGCGUAUUAUUAGGACGUUUUGGGAUCUCGAAUUUUGAAAUCAAAGAAGAAAGUAAGGUGAAGCCUUUUUGUGGAUCCGAAUCAAAAGGGUUGAGACUUUUUUCUUCUUCUUUCUUGUUGCUAGUAUUCUGGGUUUCGGUUUCGAGUUUUGAGUUGUUUUUUUUCAACCCUCCAUAUAAUCUCUGGUUUAAGAGGUUUUGAGUGGAGAAAAAUGGGAGUGAAAGUUGCCACUACAUGUUUGCAAUGGGCUCAACCUUUUGUUCCUCACUCAACCUCUUCUUCUUCUCAAACUUUUGCUUCUGCAAUUUCUUCCCCUUCUUCCUCAAAACGCCAUAGUUUUAGCAGAAAAGGGUCUCUUAUUUGUCGGUAUGUCCAUAGGCUGGACAAAUCGGCACUUUUUGGUACCCAAUUGUUGAAUCUAUACAGAUCUAAAUCUUGUGAGCAGCUUAAGCCAAGGACUAGAACAAUUAGAAGGGCUUCAAGCACCAGCGCCAGCUUAGAUUCAUUUUCAGAUGAAGAGUUUUCGAAGGAGAUACAAGAAUUGGCAAAGAAAUUCCAGUUAUCAGACGUUGAAAAUUCCAGUACUAUAAGUUCUCAGAGUGACUCUAUGGAAACAAGGGAUGAAAGUAUUAGCAGUGAUAGUUAUGAUAUUAAGUUUUUGGAGAAUCAGAGGCCGUUUGAUCCUCUAGAACAACCGGAUUGGCCUGAAAGAGACGAGAUAAUUCCUGCGAAUAUUGAAUGGAAGGCGAAUAGUGUGGAUCUCCCUUUUUCUCUUAGGAUUAUAAAGAGAAAAAAACAAUGGCAAGAUGGGAUCAGAGAUGCAGGAGAGUCAGCAUACUGUUCUGUGAAAAAAGCAUUUUCGAAUAUGGUGUUCAUAAUUCGAGAGCUGCAAAGCUAUACUUUGCAGAUGAGGGAGUUGCUGUUUUAUGAAGAUCUACAGGGGAUCUUAGUGAGAGUACAGAAGGAGAUGCAUGCAUCUUUUGUGUGGUUAUUCCAGCAAGUAUUCUCACAUACACCAACUUUAAUGGUAUAUGUGAUGAUACUGUUGGCUAAUUAUAGUGUUCAUUCUAUGGCAAGCAGUGCUGCUAUUGCUGCUACACCGCCACCACUCACCGAGACUGUUUCUACUUUAGAUGAGAGUCAUUUCAACCAGAAAUUUGAUUCUUCUGCAAUUAAGACAUUUUCAGUGUCAUCUUCAAGUGGAAAAGUUACUUCAAUUGGUGGAGGCAAUGGUGGUGGGAGCUACAAGCCAAUUGCUAGUGGAAAUGAUGGUGAUGGGAGGUUUGACGGACAGAUGUCGAAUGGGAUCUCUUCAGUCGAGAGCGGUAGGGUUGGUGAAGAAGAGUGUGUAUCUGGACAAGAAACAACGGAAGAAGAGUUGCAGAUUUGGAAUUCAAUUGUAGAUGAGGCUUCUAAGAUGCAGGCUUCAGUGAGAGAUGAGUCCUUGGAUCAUGAAACCAUGCAAAGAUUUGUCUCUCCAAUAAACGCAAAUAUUGAAGUCGGCAACUAUGCAGAGUAUAUCAAAACAGAGCUGGUGUAUCUAGUGGAGCUAAAGCAAGAACCGCAAAAUACACUAUUGCUAACCAAUUAUGCUCAAUUUCUUUUCUUGGUCGCCCAAGAUUAUGACAGAGCAGAAAAGUACUUCAAGAAAGCAGCAGAGGUGGAGCCAAAGGAUGCAGAGGCAUUGAAUAAGUAUGCAAAUUUUCUCUGGAAAGUAAGGAAGGACCUUUGGGCAGCAGAAGAGACGUUUAAUCAAGCUAUAGCUGCAGAACCAAGCAAUAACUUUUAUGCAGCUAAUUAUGCUCAUUUUCUUUGGAAUACUGGUGGUGAAGAUACUUGUUACCCACUCGACUCUUCCAAUACUGAUCUAUAAUCCCAAAACGAAAAAGAGAAUAAAGAUGAUU